AACCGAGAGUGACGCUCGACUCGAUCAGUCUAUGCCCAGUCUUCGCCGGCGAAUCAGUGCAGUGCUCUCUCGAAACUUUCUCCUUUCUUAAAUACAAGAACCACUUUCCAGCCGAGGAAAAUAAACCUUUUCUGAAUAUGGCUCAAAAAAUUAAAGCUGGAGUCGUCGUUGAUAUAAAUGGUGACGAAAUGACCAGAAUAAUAUGGGAUGACAUCAAAGCUAAGCUCAUCUUACCAUUUCUCGACAUCGAUCUGAAGGUGUACGAUUUAGGAGUGGAAAACCGUGACGCGACGAAUGACCAGGUCACUAUUGAUUGCGCUAAUGCGUGCAAGCAGUACAACGUCGGGAUUAAGUGUGCCACAAUCACCCCGGACGAAGCUCGCGUCAAGGAAUUUAACCUGAAGCAGAUGUGGCGGUCGCCAAAUGGAACGAUUCGAAAUAUUCUUGGAGGAACGGUAUUUCGCGAAGCCAUCAUUUGCAAAAACGUCCCUCGUCUCGUCCCUGGAUGGAAGAAAAGCAUCAUUAUCGGGCGUCACGCUCAUGGUGACCAGUAUCGCGCCACCGACUUCCUCGUCCCCGGGGAGGGCAGGCUAGAGAUGCGUUUCGUCCCCAAGGACGGUUCCCCUGAGAUUGUGCAUGUCGUUAAUGAGUUCAAUGGGUCCGGUGUGGCAAUGGGGAUGUAUAACUUGGAUCAAUCCAUUCGUGAUUUUGCCUACUCUUCUAUGGAGUAUGCAUUAGAUCGCAAACUCCCACUCUAUCUUUCCACCAAGAACACCAUCCUGAAGAAGUACGAUGGCAGAUUCAAAGAUAUUUUCCAAGAAAUUUACGACACGGAGUAUAAGUCAAAGUUUGAAAAGGCAGGAUGCUGGUACGAACAUCGUCUAAUUGAUGACAUGGUCGCAUACUGUAUGAAAUCUGAGGGCGGUUAUGUCUGGGCGUGCAAAAACUAUGAUGGUGACGUACAAUCUGAUAGUAUCGCCCAAGGUUUUGGGUCACUCGGGUUAAUGACAAGUGUUCUAAUUUCUCCAGAUGGAAAGACUGUUGAGGCUGAAGCCGCCCAUGGUACGGUCACUCGUCACUAUAGGAUGUUCCAACAGGGAAAAGAAACGUCAACGAAUCCUGUCGCAUCCAUCUUCGCGUGGACACGUGGACUCCUCCACAGGGCGAAAUUGGACAGCAAUGAGCAACUCAAGAAGUUUGCCGAAACUCUGGAAGCUACUUGUGUUUCCACGAUCGAGGCUGGAUUCAUGACCAAAGAUCUUGCCAUUUGUGUCAAGGGGACCAUGAAUGUCGACCGAAAGGACUACAUGGAAACUUUUGAAUUUUUAAGCAAGUUGUCAGAGGAUCUGAAGGUCAAUCUGAAAGCGGCCGGACUAGCAUGACUCGUUAAAAAUGAGGGAACGGCCAAGUAUUAAGAGAAAUGUUUUAAAUCAUAUCGUGAAAUUUGCCUUGUCUAUCUAAUUUGAAACUCUACUAUUCUUCUAUUUUUGGAUAUUAUGUAUCAUCGAUCAAAAAUACUAUAUUUUAUAUCCAUGCCCCUGCUGUCAACCAUUUUCCAUUAGAGGUUGUGGUGGAGGGAUGAUGAUUGAUAUUAUAUUUACACAAAUUGUCAGUCCUUUAAAGUACGUAUUGUAUCAUGUCAUGCAAUUCCAAACUCACCUUUAUUCCCGAUUGUGAUGCUUCAACAACACUUCAUGUCCCUUGCAAUAAUGGUCUCAUUAAUUAUGAUGAUGAUUGUUAUAUUUCAUUCAUUCAUUAUUUUUCAAGGUGCUAGGUUUUUGUGAACGUACUAGUUAAUUGGUGCAUUUUAAUAGUUGUAGCGUACCAUGUGGCUGGUUUAGUAACUGUGUGGCACGUCACAACUUAUUGAUCAUCGUUAUUGUCAAUUUUAUCAUGUCCACUGUCAUAAUAGCUGCGCCCUAUUCAGAGCCUAUUAUUCUAUCCUGUUUUGUAACAUUCUGGUUUUUACCUCUCGCAUUUUCAUUUUAUGAUGGAAUAAAAAAAAGUAAAAGAAAAUCUAACCAGUGUAA